GUUCACUUCCAUACAACCAAUUUGAAACAUUGCACCUGAUCCCCUAAGCUUGACUGCAAAAAUGAAACUGUUCAUCGCAUUGUCUGCCCUGUUGGCCGUUGCCGUAGCCUUCGAUUACCAUCAGGUGGAACACAAGCACAUCCCAAUUGUACAUAGCGAAUCGUUCCACGGACACGACGGAAGCUUCAAGCACGAAUACGAAUCGGCCAACGGAAUUUCUGUUCAGGAGCAGGGUUAUGUCAAAAACGCCGGAAACAAGGAUCACGCAGCCAACGUUGUUCAUGGAUCGUACUCCUACGUUGAUCCCCAUGGUGUUCCAGUUUCCGUGAGCUACUCCGCCGAUGAAAACGGAUUCCAAGCCCAUGGAUCUCACAUCCCAACUCCACCACCACUACCAAAGGAAUUGGUGGAAGCCUACGCUAAGGCCGGAAGUCAUCCGGAAAGCCAUGCUGAUGUUCACUACAGCAAGCCCGAACCAAUCUCCUACAAGCACUAUUAAGAAAAACAACUUUGAGCCCAGGUCAAGUUUCUGGUUCCUACAGCAGGUCGCCUAUCCUGAUCUAUCGACUAGAAGUAUGUUCAUUUGUCCUGGGAAAUAUGGCUGCGUGUUUCCAAAAAAAGAAAAGACUGCCCCGUUGAUCGACAGUUCUCAAUGUGAUAUCUUUCUGGCUGGCCCAGCUGGACCAACCCGCAAGAUUUGAUCUGUUUUAUUUUUGUAGAAAAACAAACGUCAAUGUAUUCAAUAAAUUAGUAACAAUUUAAAUUACAAA